UUUUUAUUUUCUGGUUUCCAAAUAUGAAUUUUGUAUUGAAAUUCUUUUUUGAUUUGAAAUGAAAACAUAAUUUGACUAAUGGAAUAAUCAUGAAUGAAACAUCAAAUAUUGAUCAAAAUAACCAACAACAACAAAAUAAUGAUCAUAAUAGUAAACGUAUUUCGUGUAGUGAUUCACCAAUUUCAAAAACACCAUCAUCAACAUCAUUAUCAAUUAAUUUUGUACAACCGGAACAUUAUUUUGUUUUAAAAAAAUGGGCAAUUAUUAUUUGGACAGUAUGUAGUAUUCUAAUACAAUUAUUUCAAUUAUUAGUUGCAUUACGUAUGCCUGAACAAUCAUCUAUUGAAUUACAGAAAAGAUUUUUUUAUGUUGAUAAACAUUUUAUUCGGCGAUAUAUAAUAACAUUGGCACUUGGUACAAGUUUAACUGCUAUAUUAUUCAAUAUGAUUGGUUUAUUAGCAUCUAUAAUUGAAGGUUAUUAUCUAACAAUAAUCUAUAUAAUUUAUUCAAUUAUUCAUGCAUUAACAAUAAUGAUUGUUGAUUUUGAUUUAAAUACACCAUUUCUUAUUAUUUGUUUAAUACAUUGGUCAAUGAUUGGUCUUAUUAUACUUUUUAUUAUUGAUCUUAAAGAUAGAUAUAAUUCGAGAAAUAAUCCAUAA